AUGGACGGCGAUCUAAAGAACCUGCCGGAGGUGUACUGCCGCGCCUGGGCUUCCAAGGACCCUACCAACCUCUUAGCCCUUUUUGCCGAGGACUCGUUCAUGACGGACCACGGGGCCCAGAUACACGUCCCAUUCGCCUUUCUGGAAAGGCACCACAAGCACUGGAACGGCGCGCAUGACGAUUUCGAGGUGUGGCUCGACAAACAGUAUCCCGUCUACUGGGCAGAGCUCGACGACAAGGGAAACGGUUACUGCAGCUUCCGCACGGUCAACAAAGGUGUUUUCGUGAAUGACCUGGGUAGGAGGAAGGCGACUGGACUACCGUUUCAGUAUUCUGGAGUGAUUGACCUGAAGUUGAGAGAUGGGAAGAUUAUACAGGCAGACGAGUGGUUGAGGGUGCCCUUCGAGGACAGUGUGUCUCCAGACAAGUACAUCAAAAUCUCGGAGGAUAGUUUGAAGGGCGUCAUGAGGAAGGAUCUCCACAAAGAUUAA